CAAAUAUUUAAUCUAUAUAAAUCUACUUAAAAAACCUAUUUAAAUUAUACCAUUAAUACUAAUAUAUUUAUAUCCAUAUAAACCCAUCAUAGAUGACUUUUAAAUUCUUGAGCCAAAUUAUUCUAGUACAUGUCUUAUAUGGAUAUAACGGGGUUAUCGGACAAGGUUACACUAACAAUAACAACCAAAAUGUCGGAAAUAUAUUAGCCAGUGCCAUGGCAUUUUGUCAAGCGAACGUUAACUGUUUGGCUCCCAGGAAAUGCGUUUCGAUCAACAACAAUCCCUCUCUCUGCCAAUGCCCGUCCCCUUAUAUAUUAGAUCCAACUACGAAUUCAUGCGGAUUGCCCUCUACCGCUAUCCGAGUCGUGGUUCACAUGACCAGGAUACGGUUUAAGCAUGAUUACUUAAAUGCCGAUUCCCGGAAAUACAAAGAGCUGCAGGGUAAAUUUCUGUCGACCAUAUGGCUCAUAAUACUCGCCAAUUCGGAUGCCGCUGGUUUCAUUUUAAAUGUAUACGUGGUACAUUUUCUACCCGGGUCUGUCAUUGUUCACGCGGAUAUAGUAUUAAAGCAAGGGGCCAACAGGACCGCCGAUGAUAUAAGAAGGAUCUUUGCCGAGGGGCUCAAGAGACCUCCCCUGUACGCGCCCCUUAAUCUAACGAACUCUAGGAUAAAGGCCGCUUAUGAGAAGGAUCCUUGCGUUUCGGGUGGCGUCAAUUUGUGUCCCGAACCUGAUACUGUAUGCGUUUCAAGUCACAUGAUAUUCAAGGAGUGUCGUUGCAAGGAAGGAUACCAAGAAAUGGUUGAAAAAGAAACCGGGUUCAUAAAAUGUUCAAUGAAUUGCCCUAGAGACUAUUGUUCCAACAACGGGAUCUGUGAAAUCAAAUCGAAUAAAAAAUAUUGCAAAUGUCCGGAUUGGUAUUUAGGUGACAGAUGUCAGCACAAUGGGUUCGACAUUAUCGUGUCAUUGAUGACAGCUACGAUCAUAUUCAUAAUUGCCGGAAUUUCGGUUUUCGCUUAUUAUGCCAAAAAGAAGGAAUUUUUCAAUGAAAGUUCUGACGAUCAAGCUAGUUUCAAAAGUAGCUCAAUUGAUCAUAAUCACGAGAAUAAAUAUUCUGAUCUCAAAUUCAAAUAUUGA